GAGUAUUAAUAUGAAAGGGAAAGUAAAUGCAGCUGUUGAGACUUGUCAUAAAAGUGAAACUUCCUUCCAUCGGAUGGGUGCAUUUAUCAACUUCUCGGAUCCAUUUGUAGCAAAGAGGUUUCAUGCCGAUGCAUGCACUUGGGCAUUUGGCAUGAAUUUGUUUGAUCUUCAAGAGUGGAGGAGACAGAAUCUAACUACUGUCUACCAUAAAUACUUGCAAUUGGGCAAUAAGAGGCCAUUGUGGGUGGCUGGGAGUUUGCCCUUAGGUUGGGUCACCUUCUAUAAAAAGACAGUAGCUUUGGACAGGCGAUGGCAUAUCCUUGGGCUGGGUUAUGAGUCUGGUGUGGUUCGUCCUGACAUUGAUCGAGCAGCAGUAAUACACUAUGAUGGAAUUAUGAAGCCAUGGUUGGAUAUUGGGAUUGGGAGGCACAAGGGUUAUUGGAGCAAAUAUGUGAACUAUGAAGACUCUCAUCUGCAACGGUGCAACAUACAUGCGUAGUCCACUACUAAAAUGGUGGGAUUAAGAUGACCUGUACCACACAAUUAGUUGCUUAUUGCUCCAGGAUGAUGGAACUGCACUGGUUCACACAAUUCUUUCUUUAACGAUUCUUCAAUGUAAAGUCGAGCUCAAUUUUUUCCCACAUUUUUCUGGGCAUAAUCUUCUAGGAUCCGAGAGUCAAAAUAUAGGAAUAAUUGGAAUCAAUAAGUGUCCCUGGGGGAUUUUGUACUGCGGGUCUGUAUUUCAUGUACAUAACUUUCUUUCAACUCCUUAGCUAGACUCCUACAAGCAUUUUUCGAUAUAGACAGAGUUACUUGAAAUCAAUUUGGUAUUCUUUUUAAGUUA